AUGUAUUACCAGCAGCAGAAAGAUGGUGAAAACUUUGCUGACACAACAGAGAUCAGCUCUCUGCAAUUCCUGGCCGUGCUGCUGGCCGCAGGGAUGCUCGCGUUCCUCGGGGCCAUCAUCUGCAUCAUCGCGAGCAUCCACCCCACGGCCAGCGCCGGCGGAGCUCUCCACGGUGCUGGAGAAGCCGCGCUCGGCGGCGGCUCGCCCGAGGACUCGCUGCUGGACCUGCCGCCCGGCGCCCGGCCCCACCACUCCCAGCGGCACCACCAGCACCCGCAGCUCUUCAGCCGGUUCCUGUGCACGCCGCUGGCGGUGGAGUGCCCCUCCGAGAGCCCGCCGCAGGGCGACUCGCCCUUGCCCGGCGCCGACGACCUCUUCUUCCUGCAGAGCACGGCCGAGCAGCUGAGGCAGACGGCGCUGCAGCAGAAAGACCAGAUCCUGCUGGACCAGGAGACCAUCCGCGAGCUGUCGGGCAAGCUGAGCCAGUGCGAGAGCGGCCUGGAACUUAGUUUCCAGGACAGCGCCUCUCUCUGGGGGGGGCCCCACAAGGAAACCAUGGGCGACCUGCCCUGGGACUCCUCCACCAUGGUCCAGGAGCUGGAGGAGGCUGUCAGGGCGCUGAAGGACAGGAUCGACAAGAUAGAGCAGGAGCUCCCAGCUCAAGUCAACGCCUCUGCUUCCCCCGCCCCCGUGCUGACCCGAGAUGUGCUCCACAACAAGAUGGAGGAGCUGGAGGAGCAGCUCCUUUCCAAGAUAAUCUCCCUGCAGAAGGAGCGCUCAGGUAGCAACAGCAACCACGACCAGCAGCGGCAUGACAUAGAGAAGGAGCUGAACGCUCUGCAGAGCCGGGUCACCGAGCUGGAACAGGGAGCACCAGCCUACAACCCUCCUGAUGCCUUCAAGGUUACCAUCCCUGUCCAGACCAACUACAUGUACGUCCGGCUGAAGAAGAGCCUGCCAGAGCUCUACUCCUUCACAGUCUGCAUGUGGCUGAAUUCCAAGGCCUCAUCAGGGCUGGGAACCCCAUUCUCCUACUCCGUCCCUGGGCAGGCCAAUGAGAUUGUGUUGCUGGAGUGGGGGCACAACCCCAUGGAGCUACUCAUCAAUGACAAGGUUGCCCAGCUGCCCCUGAAUCUGAAGGAUGGGACCUGGCACCACAUCUGCAUUGCCUGGACCACUCGAGAUGGCAUGUGGAUGGCGUACCAGGAUGGCGAGCAGCGUGGGUCCAGUGAAAACCUGGCAGCCUGGCAUCCCAUCAGACCACAGGGGGUGAUUAUCCUGGGACAAGAACAGGACACGCUGGGUGGGCGAUUUGAUGCGACUCAAGCCUUUGUUGGUGAUAUUGCUCAGUUCAACCUAUGGGACCACAUCCUGACGCCCACAGAGAUCCGGGGCCUGGCCAACUGCACCUCCCAUCUUCAAGGCAACGUGAUCCCGUGGGACGACAAACUGGUGGAGGUCUUUGGAGGAGCCACCAAGUGGACCCUCGAGAGCUGUGAGGAGAGGAUGAAGGCAUGA